AUGAUAGAAGGUGGUGUUACCAACAGGAUGUCAGGACUAAUCGAAAAUCCAGGACAAAGUCAUAAUUCUCCACAAGACUACAGGCUCCUGACCACUGACCCCUCCCUCCUGAGUAAGGACGAACUGCCCAGUGACCUGCAGUCAUUGACCUGGCUCACAGCCGUGGAUGUGCCCCGCCUACAGCAGCUUGGCAGGCCCCGCCCUGACUACGCUGGACCCGCCCAAGACAGCCUGCUGGAGCAACACGCAGCUCAGCUGAACCUGAGUGUGACGGGAGGAGCAGCGUCCAUGAUCCCCCUACAAAGCACCAUGCAGCACAGCCCUCUUGGAUUGAGUAGCAUGCCGCAGUUCUCUCCUGGGUUCCCGUGUGCUGCCUCUGUCUACCAGGCCUCCCCUCAGCAGGUGAUGACCUUUACCCAGGCCGGCCAGCAGUGUUCCCCCGGGGGGCUGUACGGUGGCUAUACCAACCAGAGCUUGUACCUGCAGCAGGGCCUUGCCCCACACAGCCAGGACCUGACUCCCAAGACCUUCCCCAAGCCCAUCUACUCCUACAGCUGCCUGAUCGCUAUGGCGUUAAAGAACAGCAAGACUGGCAGUCUCCCGGUCAGUGAGAUCUACAGCUUCAUGAAGGAGCACUUCCCGUACUUUAAGACAGCACCGGACGGCUGGAAAAACUCGGUGCGGCACAACCUUUCUCUGAACAAGUGCUUCGAGAAGGUGGAGAACAAGAUGAGUGGCUCGUCACGGAAGGGCUGCUUGUGGGCGCUGAACCCUGCCAAGAUUGACAAGAUGGAGGAGGAGAUGCAGAAAUGGAAGCGCAAAGACCUGUCGGCCAUCCGCCGGAGCAUGGCCAACCCGGACGAACUGGACAAGCUGAUCACAGAUCGUCCGGAGAGCUGUCGGCGGAGGCCCCUGGAGUCGGGCCUGACCAACCUGCCCGGCUGCCCCCCAGGGACGGCCCAGCCCCCGGCCCAGCUGCAGGUGCAUCCGGCGCCGGUGGUGACGCUGUCACUGCAGUGUUUGCCUGUGCACCAGCAGCUCCAGCUGCAGCUCCACAGCCAGUCGCGACUGGCGCCCGCCUCGCCCGCCCCUGCCCAGACGCCUCCCCUUCACACGGGGCCUGACCUAGUCGGCAGCAGCCCGCUGCCCCAGCACCCACCCGCCAAACAGCCCUCGGACGUGUACGCCGAAGUGGACGCACUGGACCCCAGUAUCAUGGACUUCGCCUUGCAAGGAAACCUGUGGGAAGACAUGAAGGACGACAGCUUUAACCUGGAGGCUCUGGGUACGUUCAGCAACUCCCCCCUGCGCCUGUCUGACUGUGAUCUGGACGUGGUGGGUCUGACACCAGUGUCGGGCACUGCCGGGCCGCCCAACUCGGACCUGCAGGUGGCUGGUGUCUACACCUCCUACAGCACUUUGGACAGCUUCUCGAACCAGUACAUCAGCACACAGGGCACCGGCAAGCCCAUCGUCCUGCACUGA